CCUACCACCGCAUUGAUGCUGUUACCUCCCUCGGCGGUGACGUCACCGCCCUGAGGUUCGCCACAGCAUCCUCGUCCGACACAACCAUUUUGGACGCCACCACCCAGACCCAAGUCAUCUUGACGGCGGCCCACACGGCCACCACCUACCCCGCGAAGGCACCUCCUUUCCCGGGUCGAUAGAGGACACCGAGUCCUUCCGUCUUGAUGGAGGCUGCUCGUAGGCGGAAAGGAUCCAUUUGAAAAUACGACGGAGCCUCACACUCUGCGCUAACAUCACAGCUGCGCCGGUCCAAAUAAGUCAGCAAGAAACAGGCACCCCGGGUGCUAAUAAAAGCAGUGCACCAUGUCAGGGGCCUCUGUGAAGGUGGCGGUCCGAGUCCGCCCUUUCAACUCUCGGGAGAUGGGCAAAGACAGCAAAUGCAUCAUCCAGAUGUCGGGAAACACCACCACCAUCAUCAACCCCAAGCAGGCCAAAGACCACAAGAGCUUCAAUUUCGAUUACUCCUACUGGUCACACACCUCGCCCGAGGAUGUUAACUACGCCUCUCAAAUGCUGGUCUACAAAGACAUCGGCGAAGAAAUGCUGCUGCACGCCUUCGAGGGUUACAACGUUUGCAUCUUCGCGUACGGCCAGACGGGCGCUGGCAAGUCCUACACCAUGAUGGGCAAGCAGGACGUCAAAGAUCAACAAGGCAUCAUCCCGCUGCUUUGUGAAGACCUCUUUACCAAAAUCAACGACAACGCAGACAACAGCAUGUCCUACUCUGUGGAGGUGAGCUACAUGGAAAUCUACUGCGAGCGUGUGCGCGACCUUCUCAACCCCAAGAACAAAGGCAACCUGCGGGUACGCGAGCAUCCGCUGAUGGGGCCCUACGUGGAGGAUCUCUCCAAGCUGGCCGUCACCUCCUACAAUGACAUUCAGGACCUGAUGGACUCUGGCAACAAAGCCAGGACGGUGGCUGCUACCAACAUGAACGAGACCAGCAGUCGCUCCCAUGCCGUUUUUAACAUCAUCUUCACACAGAAACGCCACGACGCCGACAGCGAAAACACCUCUGAGAAGGUUAGUAAAAUCAGUUUGGUGGAUUUAGCAGGCAGCGAGAGAGCGGAUUCCACUGGAGCCAAAGGGACCAGGCUGAAGGAAGGAGCCAACAUCAACAAAUCUCUAACCACAUUGGGAAAAGUCAUCUCCGCUUUGGCAGAAGUGGACUCUGGAUCAAACAAGAACAAAAAGAAGAAGAAAGUGGAAAAUUUCAUUCCUUAUCGCGAUUCGGUGCUGACUUGGCUGCUUCGAGAGAAUCUCGGCGGCAACUCUCGCACAGCCAUGGUGGCUGCUCUGAGCCCGGCGGACAUCAACUAUGACGAGACUCUCAGCACACUCAGGUAUGCUGACCGCGCCAAACAAAUCCGCUGCAACGCCGUCAUCAACGAGGACCCCAACAACCGGCUGGUGCGCGAGUUGAAGGAGGAGGUGUCCCGCCUCAAAGACCUGCUCUUAGCCCAGGGCCUGGGGGACAUCAUCGACAUGACCAACGCCAUGACGGGCAUGAGUCCGUCGCCAUCACUGUCGGUGCUUUCUAGCCGCGCCGGCUCCAUCGCCAGCCUGCACGACCGCAUCAUGUUCAGCCCGGCCAACGAGGAGGCCAUCGAACGUCUGAAGGAAACCGAGAAAAUCAUCGCAGAGCUCAACGAGACGUGGGAAGAGAAACUUCGUCGGACGGAAGCCAUUCGAAUGGAACGAGAGGCCCUUCUAGCCGAAAUGGGCGUGGCCAUGCGCGAAGACGGCGGCACAGUCGGCGUCUUCUCCCCCAAGAAGACGCCCCAUCUGGUGAACCUGAACGAGGACCCUCUCAUGUCCGAGUGCUUGCUCUACUACAUCAAGGAUGGAAUCACCAGGGUGGGCCGCGUGGACGCCGCAAGCCGCCAGGACAUCGUUCUAAGCGGCCACUUCAUCAAGGAUGAGCACUGCACUUUCACCAGCUCCACUGGCCCGCAAGGAGAAACCGUUGUCCUGGAGCCCUGCGAAGGAGCCGAGACCUACGUCAACGGCAAGAGAGUGACGGAGGCCACGGUCCUUAAAUCAGGAAAUCGUAUCAUCCUGGGCAAGAGCCACGUGUUCCGCUUCAACCACCCCGUGCAGGCACGGGCCGAGAGGGAGAGGACCCCGUGCGUGGAGACCCCCGCGGAGCCCGUCGACUGGGCCUUUGCUCAGAGGGAGUUGCUGGACAAGCAAGGCAUCGACAUGAAGCAAGAGAUGGAGCAGAGGCUGCAAGAGCUGGAGGAUCAAUAUCGCAAAGAGAGAGAGGAGGCUAACAACCUGCUGGAGCAGCAAAGACUGGAUUAUGAGAGCAAGCUGGAGGCUCUUCAGAAGCAGGUGGAUCUUUAUCACCCAGAAGCUCCCGAGGAAGAGGAGGAGCCAAAAGAAGAAGUCCAGUGGAGCGAGCGUGAAAGAGAGCUAGCCGAGUGGAGCUUUCGCAGGUGGCGCUGCUACCAGUUCACCUCCCUGCGGGACCUCCUGUGGGGCAACGCCAUCUUCCUCAAGGAGGCCAACGCCAUCAGCGUGGAGCUCAAAAAGAAGGUUCAGUUCCAGUUCGUGCUGUUGACCGACACCCUCUAUUCGCCGCUCCCGCCGGACCUGCUGCCGCCCGAUCCCGGCAAAGACCGCGAGAGGCGAAUCUUCCCGCAAACCAUCGUGGCUGUGGAGGUGCAGGACCAGAAGAAUGGAGCCACUCACUACUGGACGCUCGAAAAACUCAGGCAAAGACUCGAUCUGAUGCGGGAGAUGUACGACCGUGCCGCCGAGGUCCCCCCCGCCACUGCCGUUGUCUCCUCAACGCGUUCCAAUGUCACCGCAGAUGACAGUGAAAGCGCCACGACGGGCCGCGACCCUUUUUACGACCGCUUCCCGUGGUUCCGACUGGUGGGCAGAAAUCCUCUUUUCAACACAUGCAUGAGUGAGCGCAUGAGCGACCCCACCCCGUCCCCCACCCCCUCCGCCUCCGAGACCACCGACUCCCCUCAGCGGGAGGCUCGCGGCGGCGAGGACGACCAAUCGGAGGAGCUGGACGAUGAUAUCUUUUUGGAUGAGCCGAGCUCGGAGCUGGUGGGGGAGGAGGAUGAUGAUGAUGAGGAGGAGGAGGAGGAGGAGGAGCGAGAACUGUGCCGAGGCUCCAGCGAAGGCCAGGAUCCCUUUUACGACCGCUCCCCAUUAUUCAGUGUAGUGGGAAGGUCAUUUGUGUACUUGAGCAACCUGCUGUACCGCGUUCCCUUGGUUCACCGCGUGGCCGUCGUGAGCGAGAAGGGCGACGUGAAGGGCUUCCUCCGCGUGGCGGUGCAGGCCAUAUCGGCCGAUGAGGAAGCGCCCGACUACGGCUCAGGGGUGCGACAGUCUGGCACUGCCAAGAUCUCCUUUGAAGAUCAACAAUACGAAAAGUUUCAGUCAGAGUCCUGCACAGCCGGACUUUCCCGCACUGGAGUAUCCCAGGAGGAGCUUCGUAUCGUGGAGGGCGAGGGGCAGAGCGCUGAGACGGGACCUUCGGCCGAUGAAGUCAACAAUAACACAUCCGGUGGUGAUAUGGACGACGUAGCGGUGAAGUCGGGACUGGACGGCCAAGUGGACGUGACGGCGGAGCAUCUGAAGAUUGGGAACAUUUUCACCUUCCGUGUGACUCUGCUACAAGCAUCCAACAUCGCCGCUGAGUAUGCUGACAUCUUCUGCCAGUUCAAUUUCAUCCACCGACACGAUGAAGCCUUCUCCACGGAACCCUUGAAGAACCCGGGCCGUGGACCCCCGCUGGGCUUUUACCACGUACAGAAUAUCGCCGUUGAAGUGACCAAAUCGUUCGUGGACUACAUCAGCACUCAGCCCAUCGUGUUUGAGGUGUUUGGACACUACCAGAAACAAGCUUUCCUUCCUCUCUGUAAAGAUGUCAUCAGUCCACUGCGGCCCUGUAGGAGACAGUUCCCCCGUGUGAUGCCUCUGUCCAAACCAGUUCCGGCCACCAAGCUGACGGCGGUGGCUCGCCCGCAAGUUGGACCGUGCCACUGCAAGUACGACCUGAUGGUUUUCUUUGAGAUCUGUGAGCUGGAAGCCAACGGAGACUACCUCCCUGCUGUGGUGGACCAUAGAGGAGGAAUGCCUUGUCACGGCACUUUCCUCUUGCACCAGGGUCUCCAGAGGAGAGUCACUGUCACUAUCGUGCACGAGUCUGGCGGCGAUAUUGAAUGGAGAGAUGUGCGAGAGCUCGUUGUGGGGCGACUCCGCAACACCCCCGAAUGUGACGAAAGCAUCGUGGACCCCAACAUUCUGUCCCUCAACAUUUUGUCUGCCGGCUACGUCAGGCCCUUGCACGACGACAGACAGUUUCUUGAUUCGGACAUGCCUAGGACGUUCUACCGCUUCGAGGCGGCGUGGGACAGCUCCAUGCACAACUCCUUGCUCCUCAACAGAGUCACCCCCUAUGGCGAGAAGAUCUACAUGACACUCUCGGCUUACUUGGAGCUGGAGAAAUGCACGCAGCCGGCCGUGGUGACCAAAGAUGUCUGCAUGGUCUUCUACUCUCGCGACACCAAACUGUCCGCCUCGCGUUCCAUUCGGAACCUUUUCGGCACCGGAAACUUGAGAGCGGCCGACGGAAACCGAGUGACAGGCGUGUACGAGUUGAGCCUGUGCCACUUGGCGGACGCGGGGAGUCCGGGCAUGCAGCGGCGCAGGCGGCGAGUGCUGGACACGUCGGUGGCGUACGUCCGCGGCGAGGAGAACCUGGCCGGUUGGCGGCCUCGCAGCGACAGCCUCAUCCUCGAGCAUCAAUGGGAGCUGGACAAGCUCAGCUUGCUUCAAGAAGUGGAAAAGACCAAACAUUUCCUGCUGCUGCGGGAGAAGCUGGAGUCCACCCUACUGCUGGCCAGUCAGGGGGCUCAGCAACUGGUGGAGGAACCAGGCGAGCCGUCUCCGCCCACCCGGGUUCAUCUGGAAGUCUGCGCCGCAUCAGACAUCACCACUGAGAGGCAACGGGAGCUCGCCACCAAGUGUCUGCGGCUGCUCACUCACUCCUUCGACAGGGAAUACACUCACGUGUGCGUCAGCGCCAGUGAAAGCAAGAUCUCAGAGAUGUCCGUCACCACGCUGAGAGACUCGGCCUCCAUCUCGGCCCUCAACACCAUCACGCCCUCGUCCACCUGCCCUUCCCUGGUGGAGGGUUGCUAUGACAACGCUGCUCUCAGACCUCCCGCUCCUCGCUCUCGCGCCGUCACUCCGAGUCCCGAAGCGCAGCCGGACGGCGAAGCCAAGAAGUGCGUUGGCGCAACCACGGAAGGGAAACCUCGCAUACGUCGAUUUGUCCCCGACAUCCAAGAGAUCCGAGUCAGCCCUAUCGUGUCCAAAAAGGGUUACCUGCACUUCCUGGAGCCGCACACCAACGGCUGGGUGAAGCGUUACGUGGUGGUCCGCCGGCCGUACGUCUACAUCUACAACACGGAGCGCGACGCCGUCGAGCGCGCCAUUCUCAACCUCUCCUCGGCGCAGGUCGAAUACAGCGAAGACCAGCAGGCCAUGCUCAAGACCCCCAACACGUUUGCCGUGUGCACGGAACACCGCGGAAUAUUGCUUCAAGCCGCAAGUGACAAAGACAUGCACGACUGGCUGUAUGCCUUCAAUCCUCUCCUGGCGGGGACUAUCAGAUCCAAGUUGUCCAGAAGACGAGUGGGACAGAUGAGGAUGUGAUGGAAAAGACUUGAGGUGUACAUAGACCACCGCCCCCCCCCCCCUUUCCUCCGCUCCGCUAGCGUUCCUCGACGCCAUCUCGUGUCAAGACUUUUCUAAUCAGUCCAGUAGUCAAGACUCCAUACGUGUGGUGAUGUCAUGUAGUCGUCGUGUCAGUGGCGCAUCCGGCCUUAUACAUACAAUAGUACAUGCCUGUGUGCGUGCGAGGUAGAAAGAAAGAAAAUUGAAGUUUGGGUAAAGGUACUAUUUGGGUAUCGUGAGGAAACUGGAAAUUUGCAGUGUGACCAAAAGUAUUGUGAUAAAAUGACAAGUUUUUCCAAAAGUAUUGGCACAGCUUGGUAACGAGAACAUUUGGACAACGAGAUUCCGACAGAUAAGCAGCGGAAAAUAAAAUUCGGACAAAUGUGUCGGGACAUGCAGAAAAGAUGAUUUGAGGUUUUUGCAAAAGUAAUGGGAUGUCUACCAAUCUUUAAAGGGAGGGGAGGCAAUUUUAGCAGAAGUAUUGGGACACCAAUAGGAAAUGAACAAUGUUUGAUUUGGAAAACAUAUUGCACCAUUAAUGAAGAUCAUUUUGCUUUUUACUGUCCAGCAUGCUUUUUGGGAAAAUCAACUUCCUUCAACCCCCUGACCGAUUAAUUGAUAAACAUGUCCUAAUACUUUUGUCUCUAUAUGCGGAAAAAAUGUCUUUAACAGAUAACUCUUUUUUUUUUUUUUGCCAUUUCUCUGACAAACUUUCUCACACGCUGCCUAUCAUGUUUGCACAUCUGCACUCGCACGACACAACAGCGACGCCACGGUCAUCCUCACAAUUUCGAACCUCUCCCUUUAUUUUUGUCUAAUUUAUUUCUGUCUGCAUGUAUUUAUUUAUUGACAAAGACGUUUACAGUAUAUUUAUAAAGUGGUGCAAUUUCUGCACGCGGCACUUUGUAAGACGCUCCCUCCCAUGUUGCUUUGCAAAUAAUCACACAACCACACUUUACUUGAAUGAAUCUCCUCCACAACUUUACGUUGUCAGGCAAGUAGGAAAUAGUAUACAAUUUUCAACUAUAUAUAUCUUGUAUUAAGUGCAUAUGGAUGACGUGUAGUGCCUCUUGGUUGCGUUCUAUCGAACAACCUUCACGCUGCUAUUUGUACUCUUCAUCACCACAUCAUCAUGUGUUAUGUCUACACUUGAAUAUUUGGAAUAUAGCAGAAUCUCCAAAGUGGAAAAUGAUUUGUUCGAUUUUUAAAUAUUUAUUACAAAUGAAAUCAUUUUAAAUGAAAUGUUAUGUUUAUAUUUUAUUAUUUUUAGUUUUAUGAUUAUAAAUCAUUUAACAUUUAUUACAUUGUCCCAUUUUUAAUGGACUCAGGAGGUUCUGCUGUAUUCUACUCACCCCACUGCCCCCCCCCAAAUUCAAACUUGAAAUGUAAUAUUUUUCUUCUAAACAUUUAAUCACAUGUAUUGAUUGAGUGUGCAUCAGAUCAGCCAACCUGCAUGCACGCUCACGAAAUACCUUUUCUUUUCCUUUUACCACAAUUGACAUUUUAAACCAUUUACACCAAGUUCCACCUAACAUUAAUAGUCCAUCAAAGUUAAAUAACAAUAGAAUCACUGUCCAAGGCCUACAAUCGUGUCCAUGUUCAUUCAUAUGCAACUUAUUUGACAUUUUACAACUUUGCAUGUUCCUCUUCAACACAAGUACAUCAUCAGGGCUUUUCAUGCGUGUCACACUGGAUCCAACCAAAGUUGUUUCAGUCACUCAAUACUGAAUGUAUAAAUCACAUUUUUAAACUGCUACCACUACUGAAGUGCUUGUGUGUCCGUACGUGCGCUCCCAUAUGACCUUCAGCGUGUGUUGCGCCACCACUGUUGUAAUACGCACCCUUUAGCCGUCAUCCAUUUUCUAUCGCCCUCUGCUCUGAAUGACAAAUAGCAAUUUUUGUGCUUCCACGUUUAUUUUUUUUUGUUUUUUGUUUUUUUAAAAAAACGACAUUGCAAUGUAUAUAAUAAACACAAUUGCUGUGAAAGGUGUGUAUCAUAUCAUCAAGCGGCCGAGAUCUUACUGUAAAUGGGCUGUAGAGUUCAGUGUGUGUCUUUUUCCGAGCGUCGGAGUUUAAGCGUCCAAAUGUUUGUGCGUGUAUGUUUGCACUGGAACACAUUGUCAUAUAUGGAAUCAAAAUAAAAUAAUGAUGCAACACA